AUGAAUGUCCAGUAUGACAGUGGGAUAGCUAACAAGAAAACCAGUCUGCUCCAAGAAGAUGAACAAAAAACACAGAAGAGUUUAACUGCCAAGCACCAACAGGGUUAUAAAUGCAUCAAGCCUAUCUUGAAGAAUUCUAAAAAUUCCAAGCAAAGUCGAGUGACCUAUAAGCCAGUUGUAGAGAAAGAGAAUAACUGUUACUCGACUGAAAAUAAUCUAAAUGCACCUCGAGUUCUAAGCCAAAAAGUCAAACCCCCAGUUACGCUCCAGGGUGGGGCAGCGUUUUUUGUUAGUAGAAAAAAAUCCUCUCUUAGAAAUUUGUCUCUUGAAAAUAAACUAUUACUGGAACUCACCCAGAAGAAUGUAGCCGAAGAUUCUGAUGUAGAGACUGUCAACAAAAGAAAAACUUUUGAGACAAAGCAGGUGCCCAAGUGCUUGUCACUAGAACAGGAGCUGAACUUGGAACUGCUGAGUGCAAGCAGUAAAAAUGAAGAGAAGUUAAUAAAGAACUCAUUAGCUGGAGUACUUCCUUCAAAAGAAUGCAAACCUGAGGAAAGUAAGCAUUUUUCUUCAGAGGAUUCCGUCAGUGGCAAUAAGGCAGCUUCUGCUGAGUCCCUUGUCUACCCCAUCUUCAGCGUGUCUUCAACCAAUACAAAAAGAUCUCUAGUCGAAGAACAGUCUUCUGUGGGGUCCAUUGUACCCACCAACGUCUUGAAACAGAUCAAUACCCAGAAAAGUUCUAAUGCCAGAGAUACAAGUAAAGAAACAAAAGACCAGCUUGUCAUUGAUGCCGGUCAGAAGUAUUUUGGUGCCACUAUGUGUAAGUCCUGCGGCAUGAUCUAUACGGCUUCCAACCCCGAGGACGAGCUGCAGCAUGUCCAGCAUCACCACAGGUUUCUGGAAGGAAUCAAGUAUACAGUAAGUCCAGAGUCUUUCCACUGUCCUCAGAGUUAGACUGCCUUCAAGGUCAUUUCUUUUGCUU